UUUAUAUUUACCCGCGAAGUAAGUCGGACGUCGACGACGGCAAUUCGCUUUAAUUUUUUUGUGUUUUUUACGUUAUUUUUUUGCGAGAGUGUUUUCGAAACGAACCAACGACAAUUAUUUGAAAAAAAGGAAAAUUUAAAAAUAUUGAAAAAUCUGUGAAAUGUGUUUAAGGACCAAUUGGAAAGUCCGCUAAAUCAAACAAUUAUACAUAUGAAGAUUAUAAUUGUAUUAUUUUAGAAAUUCGCAAAUUGUUUUGCAUUUACAAAAACGUCAUAAAUUAAAAUUAAAGAAGACACAAGGAUAACGGUUCCGGCAAUAAACAAACUGGCUAUAACUUAAAACCAAGAUCCGGAACACGACGCGAUGACAACUAAUAACGAGAAUCUAAUAACGAAAAUUGUUUAAAAAAAUUAAUUAUAUUAUAUAUAUAAAUCACAACGAAACAGGAAUAUCAAUUUGAGGAACAACAACAGCAACAAAAAUUCCGAAAUAAAAAAAAAACCCCUUUCCCCCCACAAAUUCUAUAAACAAUCAAAAUUUCGACAUAUAAAUAGCCAUGGCAAUGCUUGAGGCUCGGCCAUAUAGGCCAUUUAAAUCCAGUGAAGAGUAUCUGGAGGCCAUGAAGGAGGAUUUAGCCGAAUGGCUAAGCACCCUCUAUCCGGAUCUAUGCAUUAAUGCUGAAAAUUUUAUGGAUCGCCUCGAUACUGGUGUGGCGUUAUGUAAGCACGCAAAUUAUGUGAGGCAAGCGGCUGAGGACUAUUUGGCCCGGCGACAGGCGCGCAACAAAUCAAUGACACGCUCAAUGACUUCCGGCUUGGCUGGCCCCAUCCUGGCACUGGGCAAUGUGCAUUAUUUGCCGGCGGCAAAAAGUGGCACCUUUUUUGCCCGCGACAAUGUCUCCAACUUUAUAACCUGGUGCAAGAAAAGUCUAAAGAUCAUCGAGUGCCUAUUAUUUGAAACGGACGAUCUAAUAAUGCGUAAAAAUGAGAAGCACGUGAUACUCUGUCUCUUGGAGGUGGCCAGACGUGGCGCCAAAUUUGGCAUGCUGGCCCCCAUGUUGGUACAAAUGGAACGGCAAAUUGAUCGUGAAAUCGCUGCCGAUAUUAAGGCAAACGGUAGCUCAGAGAGUUCCACCCAAACGGAGGUCACAACAGCAUCGGAUGCUGCAGCUGCAGCAGCCGCAGCAGCAGCAGCGGCGGCGGCGGCGGCAGCAGCGAAUGCCACAACGACGACAAUAACUAGUGAGAGUUUGGCCAUUGAAACAGAUCUGUACGAUAGCGAUUCGGAGAAUGAGGACGAUAGCAAUGAGAAUCCCAUGCUGAUGUAUGGACCCCAACCUCAGAUAAUAACAAAUGACUUAAAGAGCCUGGAUGAGAUGGUCAGAGAUUUGGUGGAAAAAUGCACAUGUCCCUCACAGUUCCCAAUGGUGCGCGUCUCGGAGGGUAAAUAUCGCAUUGGCGAUACCAAAGUCCUCAUCUUUGUGCGGAUAUUGCGCUCUCAUGUAAUGGUUCGUGUUGGCGGCGGAUGGGAUACAUUGUCACAUUAUUUGGAUAAACACGAUCCGUGUCGUUGUCGGGCCCAGCAUCGGAGUUCGGUGGCUGCACGUCUCAUACCGCGGAAUUCAACCAAUUCAUCAAAUGGCAUUGAGCUGCAUAAGGCUCAGGUGAUAUUCGAAAGAUCGCCACCGGCAGCUCGACGCAUUUUCACACAAUUCAGCAAUGGACCAUCUUCCAUGCCAUCUCCGACGUCAGCGUCAGCAUCUUUACCAGCCACAGUGAAUGGCCAGAGUAAUAGUUUGUCACCCAGUCAUCCAUUGGCACCUGCUGCCAUUGCCUCAGUUUCAGCCUCAGCCUCUGUAUCACCCUCUGUCUCGGCAAAGUAUCGCAGCCGCAGUCCCACACCGCAGCGUAAGUUCCACAAUCAGACGACGGCAACUGCAUCAGGAUCAGGAUCAGGAUCAGAUCCCUUGACAAACGGCAAUGGGAAUGGCAAUCAGCAAUUGCUGGGAUCACCCAGCUUGACUCGGCGAUCUAUGUCGCCAAGUCCACGUCGCUUGAUUGAUAUGCGCAAGAAGCAGAGCUCAUUCGAAUCCUAUAGCAGUGGACCCAAAUCUCUGCCCAUGACCAUGGGAUUGAUUGACACUGAAGCAGAGACAGCUUCGGGUAAUAAUGGGAUAGCCAAUCAGCAGCAGCAAACGGUAUCCAAUGGCGGCGAACAGAACAAUUCGACCAAAUUCGAAAAUAUCAGCGAUAAUGGCAGCGAGAUUAGCGAUGAGGGAUAUCGCAGUUUGGGCGUCAUACAGGCCAAUGCCCAGAAACGUGAAUCCCUGCACAGUCAGGCCUCCAUAGAAGAUGCUGAAAGUAAUGUGCGUCUUGAUCAAACAUCCAGCGAUUCGCAAAUCUCACCCACAGAGGAGCCCAUCGAAACGGAGACAGAGGACAAAAUUGAAGUGGCCGAUAUAUUGGAGGAGGAAGAGGAGCAGCAGCAACAACAACAACAAAAACAAAAACAAGUGACUAUGCCAGUGUCCCAAGAUAUUGAUGGCGAUUACUCUGUCUGUGAUGGUCCCCAAUCAUUGCCCGCCAUUUUGGCACUACCCAAGCCCAUGGAAAUGUUGGAUGAUAAAUUCGAGCGUUCCGGCAUCUAUAUUACGGACGAUGCCAUCACUGUGGAUGUGGCCAAGACCAGUGGCCAAACAGUGUCUGCCGGGAAUAGCAAAAUACCACGUUCGCCUCUUGCCCAGCGACGCCGUAGCAUUGACAAUAGCACAUGCGGUGGAGGGGGAGGAAGUCUUCAAGAUUUGAGCACACGAUCUGGUCUACCCACAACAUUUAGUCGCAAGCAACCCGUCUAUCGUUCCGUUAGGCGACCCCCCUCGAAUGGGCCCACUCCGCCGCCACGUACCAAGGGCACUCAAUUGCCCAUGGUCAGGGAUGUGACCAACACAUGGAGUGGACGGACGCCGACCACCAAAAAGCGUCCGAUUAUCAAUGCUGACACAUUUGCCGCUCCCACGCACUCAUCGUCGUCGGCUGCGCCCUUUGAGCGUGCCUCGAAGGGUCGAUCCUCGCAAAUACUCUACGACAGCAAUGGCCGACGAGUGCGCGGAUGCACCAGCUCAUUGACCACAUCGCCAGUCAAGAAUCAUGCCUCAUCGCCGCUGGCCCAACAGCUCUUGGAGGCGGCCAGCAGUGCCAAGAACGAUGCCCAGAUACUGGAGAAAAUGAAAACUCUUCUCUCACAAUAUGCAGCCGGCAAUCAGGCCCAAAAACCAAAUGCCAAUGGCAAGAAGACACCCGUCUAUGAGGAUUUUACCACAGCCUGGGUCCAUAGUAAUGGCAAUCUAGAGAGAUCGGAGAGUUGUUCACCGCCGGCCAAGGCACGUUCGAAGCGAAGUUCAGCGGCCAGCUCUUGUGGUAGUAGCAAUCAUUCGACAACUAUAGCAAUUGCAGGAGGAGCAACAUCAUCUGCAGCAGCAGCAGCAGCAGCAGCGGCUGUUGUCUCUCCACGUCGGGAGCGUGGCAUGUCAAAGAUACCGGCGCCAGUGCGUCAUCAUACAGAGCUUUAUUAACGGCGCCAGAAGACGCCAAGCGUCAAGGUUAACUAUCUUCCGAGUGUUUUCUGAAAACCAAAACAGCGAGAAGCGCGAAGCGGGCAGCGGGCAGGGGACAGCAGACAGCGGGUUGUGGGUUUAUACAUAGUGAAUUAAGUUAAUGUUAAAGCCGAGAUGGAAUUGUUAAAAAUGCUGGAUAUGAUGAUGAUUAUGAUAAUGAUUAAGAGAAUGAAAUGUAUUAUGGGGAUUAGCCAAUUGCACCGAACCGAACCGAACCGAACCGAAAACCGAUACCGCUCGGCUAACCGUUCCAAAAAAUUUACAAAUACAACAACAAAAAAGAAAACUACAUAUAAUUAACAUGUAACAUUGAAAUUCGAACUGCCUCAUAGGAACAGCAUCAGAAGUAUCUCCAGAUCCAGAGUUAUAACCAGUCAGCACCCAUAUAUAUAUAAGUACUAUAUAUUUAGAGAUAUAUGUAUAUUCAAAUCCAGCAUAUCCUUUUCAAGUAUAUUCCCUCUCUCUCUCUUUCUCUCUCUCUCUCUUUCUCUAUAUAUCCUCUGAAGCUCAUCUCUUGCUAAUACUUUCACUCUCUCUUUGCUUGUUCAUCUGGAUCUGGGAGAAAAAAAAAACUUUUACAAUCCCAAAAAAAAAUAACUUUUAGAAAAAUAGAAAACUGGAAAAAAUUGAGACUAAUUUAUUGGCGGUUUAUUCCCCUCCCUCCCUCUCCGUUUUGGAAUUUUGGAUUUUUCAUUGUUUUUAGAGAAAAUUGAAUAGUUUUCUAGAAAUUUUUAAAAACAAAAUAAAUUAAAAAAAAACAUAACAAAAACAGAUCUAAGUAGAUUUUUACCCAUUCUUUCUCUCCACUAUCUCUCUCUCUCUCUCUGUCUCUAUAUUUCUGUAUUUCUCUGCCUUUGUGUGGUGUGUAAAAGAAUUUUCCAAAUUUCAAUAUAUUAUGUAGAGAGAAAAAGGUAAAGGAAAGAAUUUAUUUUUGUACGCAAGCAAUGAAUGUGUAAAAUCAAAAGCUUUUAAAUUAAAAAAUUAAACUCGAUUUUUAUAUACACA